AGACCGGCGAAUGGAAGCAGCGCGGGAGAUGGGCCGUAUCGUGGCGACACUGCACAAGAACGAUGUGGUGCACGGUGACCUGACAACGAGCAACAUCCUGCGCAGGCACACGGGCGAGUAUGUUGUGAUUGACUUUGGCCUCUCCUCCGUAUCGAAGCUGGACGAGGAUAUGGCGGUCGACCUGUAUGUGCUUGAGCGCGCUCUCAUCAGCACACACAUCGGCGCCGCAGAGAUGUUUGAUGAGCUGCUGCGCGUGUACCGCCAAGUCGGCGGCGACUUUACCGCCUCCGUCAUCACCAGACUCAACGACGUGCGGGCACGCGGACGCAAGAAGACCAUGCUCGGCUGAACACACACACACACACAUAUACACACACACACACCUGCACCCUC